AUGCUCAACCUCUGGAACGCCUACGUCGACCUCGAACUUCCGUGUAUUCUGCCGUUGCUGAAAAUGCAAAUGGCCGGGCUGAUUUUGGACGUCGACCGAUUCAGGCAGCUUCAUUGUAAAGUGAACACGAGGAUUGCGGUCAUCGAGCGACAAGCAUUUUCCUUAGCUGGUCGGGUCUUUCAGCUCUCAUCAUACGGGGACGUGAGGAAAGUGUUAUACUCAGACCUCGGGUUACCCCCCGACGGUGACCCGUCCAUUGUUAACUUACACCGCACCGGUAGUAACCAUCCCCUGCGCUACAGUACGGCAAAAUGCGUCCUUGAAAAGCUGUCCAAGUAUCACCCGUUGCCUCAAAUGAUACUCGAGUGGCGCCGGCUGCACGUGCUCCUCAGCAACCUCAGUCCGUUACUCGGUUUGGCGAAGGAGUACAGCGGCGAAAGACGUAUGUUUCGCAUAUCUGGAGCGUAUGAUCGGUUCACGGCCACCGGCCGAAUUCUCAUAUGCGGUACGAACAUGCAGACGACGCCCAGGACAUUCGAGAGCUGCGAUGAAGUGAACGAGUUCAACGCGCGGUCUUUGUUCGUUGCUCCUCAAGGAUUUGUUUUGUUGUCGUCGGACUUCGCCCAGCUGGAGCUCCGAAUAGCUGCCCAUCUGUCUGAUGACCACCAGCUGAUCAGCGAUCUAAAUAACAGUGUGGACGUAUUUGAUGUGAUUGGUUCUUGCCUCUUUCAGUCGUCGUCGAAGUCAGCCGACGAACGCCGACAGCGCGCAAAAAAAGUAGGUUUAGAUAUUCAUCAAGUUGGUGUAUGAAA